AUGUACUGUUUAGUGGUAACACCGAGCGCGCCGCACGCUCGCCGCUCGCCGGCCGCAGCACGGUGCGACGGCGCCCGCCCCGCGCCCCCGAAUGCGGCACUGCGCUCUCGGUAUGACUUGCCGGGGGAAGCUUUCCAUUGUUUGCCGGAACACGUGACCAAGAAAAUCCUGCAACCUGACUUUUUUAUAGCUCUCGAAGCACCUGAAACUCCUAGUGAAUUUUUACGUAAACAUGAUUUCAAAGACAGAUGA